AUUAGAACAAGACGAAGGUGACGAAAUAUGCGAACAGAGUGCGUGAAAGGAAGAGCUUCACCAACAUUGGCUAGCGAGAGGAAUUGAAAAAUAGGUGUAAAAAAAGAACAAACAGAGAUAAAAUAGAUGGAGGUGGCGUGGUGAGAUUGAGAAUGGACAAGCUGCGUGAACUGGGUGCUUGCUAGAAGGGGCUGCAGACUAGAUGUGUGUAAGUAGCCUCUUUUCGUCUACUCUUGGACAGGACCACGAAUCGGUCUUGCGAUGUAUUUUAACGGAGCUAUAUCAUCGUUGCUUCAGGAGCAAAGCGGUAAGUUUAACAUGAAAUCAAGCCGCGCAGGCAAGAUGACCUACUUCCUACUUUCUCUAUCUCUCCAACAACACUCGCUGACACCAGGUAAGCCUUGGGCCGUUCAGAUGUUUACUUUAGACUACCUGAAGUCGUUGGAGCGCCCGGUAAUGGGGAGAAGCGUAGCGUAGAUAAGGCCUCUACUUAGAAUAUAGAUAAAAGUAGCGCAUAGUUGCUCAAGAUGGU